UAAAGAAUAAAGGCAGGGCGUUGGCAAACUUUUGACAAGCUAUGGUAUGUCCUCUAAUAGAUACAGUAUAUGCUUAAAUUGGAUUCUGCAUCAUCUGUAAGCCCCAACUGAAGAAUAAAUGCUCAUGUAAAAUAAAUAUAAAUAUGAUGUACAGUGUAUUGUUUGCUCUUUCUUCAGCUAAAGAUGCCUGCUAAGAGUGUUGACAACAAUGAAAUGAAUGUCACUUUUUUACCACUUCCCUUUGUACACUGUCAUACAUUUCCUCUUUAUCAUACGCGCUAAAUGCAACACACACACACACACACACACACACACCCAGUACAUGUAUGUGUGCUCGUAUACUAGUAGGGAAGCUGAGAUAAGGAAACACACAGUGGACCUUUCUUGCCUGCGAGAUUCCACUUAAAUGUAUCUUUGUCCAGUCGACCUUUUCUACCUGAUGAUGCAGGAUUUGUGAUGACAUGGCUGUAGUCCUAAGACAGUUGCUGAAGAAAUUUGGUGUGUCAGAGUGUUUGUGGAGAACCGGGAGUCUUAAGAGCACUGAAAGACAGGCAGGAGAAGAAAAGCUUAAUCACAUCACCACUCUAGACCACAUUCUCGCCCUAAGCUGAAGAGCAACACACACCAAGCAGCCGUGUGAGUGUCCGUUCCCGAAGCAAUGACCCGCAGUGCAAGCAAGUUUCGGUGAAAUUUCCCAGGAGGACAAACUGUGGGUGAUCUGAAGGGAAGAGGAGUGCGACUGAGGCAAUGAAUGCAAUGAAGAGCACUGAGCAGAGGCUCGGACAGAGCCGUACCAGCACUGAGCCGGGCUCCAGGAACAUGGGAAACCCCAGUACCAAUUCUGAGAGCGGCUCCAGGAACAUUGCCAACUGCAACACCAGUGUGGAACAGGGCUCCAGGAAUACACGCAACCCCAACAGCACCAAUCAGGGCUCUAGGAUCAUAGGAAAGUCAAACAGCAAUGCUCAAAGGGGUUCCAGGUACUUGGGCAACUGUAACACUAAUGCUGAGAGGGGCUCCAAGAACAUGGUGAAUCCCAAAACCAGUGCUGAGAAGGGCUCAAGAAACAUGUGCAACACCAACAGACAGGUCUCGUCAAAAGCAUCGGGCCAACUACAAAACAACAAUGUCCUGCAGUUGAGGCUCCAGCAGAGGAGGACGCGGGAGCAGUUAGCAGACCAGGGCAUCAUGCCUCCCUUGAAGAGUCCGGCUGCAUUCCAUGAGCAGAGGAAAAGUCUUGAACGCUCCAAGACUGGAGAUUACUUAAAGCAUAAAAUCCGAAGUAGGCCAGAGAAGUCAGAGCUGGUUAACAUGCACGUUCUACAAGACUCGUCCAGCGAGGGCCCCACUCAAGACUCGCAGAGCAAACUCAAGCGUGCCCGACUUGCUGACGACCUUAACGAGAAAAUCGCUCUGAGACCAGGUCCACUGGAACUGGUCGAGAAGAACAUCAUACCCGUCGAUUCAACAGUUAAAGAGGCUGCUCUAAAAGUGAAUCAUGGGAAGUUUCCGAAGCAGGAGGACUCGUAUGCAUUUGAGGAGGACAGCAGCAGCGAAAGCCUGUCUCCUGAACAGCCUCUUAGUGAUGAGUCCCAGAGCUCAGCCGGGCCUUUGGCAGAGAGCAAGGCCAGCGGUGGCAUUCCAUCCCCCUCACUGGCCACAGGCCCUACACAGGGGUCACAAACCAGAGAAUCCACUAUUCAAAACCAAGAAGAAGGUCCAGCUGUGACAAACAGCCAGACAGCUCCACCCAUUCCAGUCCCUGCAAUAAUAAAGUCCAAACCAUCAGACAAAAAUCGCCAUAAGAAGCCCAAAGAUGUUAAGCCAAAGGUGAAAAAGCUGAAGUACCACCAGUACAUUCCGCCUGACCAGAAAGCAGAAAAGUCUCCUCCUCCAAUGGACUCAGCCUACGCUCGGCUACUGCAGCAGCAGCAGCUAUUCCUGCAACUGCAGAUUCUCAGCCAGCAGAAGCACCAGCAGCAGAAUCACUCACACCAGUCCCAGUGUCCACAAAGCCAGAGCUUUAGCUACCAGCCCGUACACCAGCAUUUGUCAAACAAGCAGACCAGUGAACAGCAAACGCCAUGUAGUUCCAGUGCUGCCACCAGUACAGAAAACAGCAACUCCUCAUCUCCUGUAAAGACCACAUACUGCAGCACAUCCAACAUGACUCCAGUCAGACCAGGGCCUCUGCCUGCUAACCUUGAUGAUCUAAAGGUGUCUGAGCUUCGUCAGCAGCUGAGAAUACGAGGUCUCCCAGUGUCGGGCACGAAGACUGCCCUCAUAGAAAGGCUGAGGCCCUAUAAAGACUCUAGCUCUGCUUCUCCCUCCAGCUCUGGAGAUAUCACGACUGUGACCUUCCCGGUGACCCCCACUGGCUCGCUCUCCUCCUACCAAUCCCCAAGUUCUUCUGGUACUGUCUCUCAUGUAGGAGGGUACUACCCAUUCUGCAGUACUACAUCCACCCCACCCAUCUCUCCUGCCUCCUCUGAGCUGUCUGUCAGCGGCUCUCUUCCUGACAGUUUUAGCGACGUCACUAUGUCCUCUCCACAGUUUGGCCUGCAGCCGUCGCCGGUUCAACUGAGUGCAGAGGACAACCAGAACUUGGGGAACUGCCUGCACGGUGAACCAGGCCUGGACACUGAGAAGGACAAGAUGUUGGUGGAGAAGCAGAAGGUGAUUGAGGAGCUGACAUGGAAGUUACACCAGGAGCAAAGGCAGGUAGAGGAGCUGCGGAUGCAAUUGCAUAAACGAAAGCACAGUCAUGGUCUGCAGGAGCCAGUGCACUUGCAGCCCCCCAGCCAGAUGCAACACUUCUUUGGUGUGUCUAUCAAACAGGAGCAUGUAGCCUCCAGCUGUCCAAUGGCCUCCAAGCAGCCAAAAAAUGGGCCUCCAAACAGCUGCAUGGAGCCAAUGGGACACUGUGGCCUAGGUGGUGGACUUCGGAGCCUGGACAUGCCCUCCUCUAGAAGUCCUUCUGGUCUCCCAGCCUAUCUAAGCCCACAGUGCUCUCCUCAAGACUCACCAGUGACCAAGAACUCAAGUAGCCCACAGCCCAACAGCCUGCCCUCCUCUCCUAGCCAUCCAUUUCUGCUCACACCUCCCCUGGGUAGGGACAGCUGCCCUCACAAUGGAGCCAGACCACAUCCCAUGCAGCUCCAGCAGAAGAAUGUUGCUCAGUCUGUGAGCUGCAGCUAUUCACCUGACCAGAGAAAUAUGCAGCCAUUGUACCCAAGCAGUGAGAAUAACCUAAACUCCAGAGGGUCUUCUAAGGCCAAAAGUCUAAACAUGCAGCAAAAGAUGGCAAUAUUACAUUCUCCCAGGCACAUUGGCCAAAAGUCCACCUCCAUCACUACCUUCUGUAGCUCAGACUCUACUGCAUCUGCCAUUAAACAGCCCCCAUGCUAUGAGGAUGCAGUGAAGCAGCAGAUGACCAGAAGUCAGCAAAUGGACGAACUCCUUGAUGUCCUUAUUGAAAGCGGAGAAAUGCCAGGUAACGCCAAAGAAGAGAGGUCCCCAGUAACCAAAGUUGUGCCUCACCUUACAGUUUCGCCCAACAACACUGCCACCACUGCCACAUCCAUGCCAAAGUUCCACCGCCACUACAGCCACAUUUCGCCCUCUGAAGUGCCAUACGAGCAUGCUGCAGGGCACACCGAGUGCCAACUGGAGGUGCUUCUGAGCCCAGUGUGCCGCCAUGUUGACAUCAUCCCUGUCAAGUUGGGCACUGAUGAGGGCCACCUGGAGGAAAUAGGUGACUCUUUCCCAGGUCAUCACCACGACGACAAGUUGCUCAGCAACAGAGACCUGAUGGACACACCUCUGUCUCCCAUGGCCACCAAAGUCUCGCCAGUACCCUCAGACGGCCAAGGGCUUGCCAUGACAUUCUCUGAGUCACCGUGGGAAAGCAUGGAGUGGUUGGACUUAACUCCUCCCAGCUCAGCCACAGCAUUCAGCAGCAGCAUGGCUCCAUCAGCACCCAGUAUCUUCAACACAGAGUUCCUGGACGUGACUGACAUUGGACUGAACUCAGCCAUGGACCUGCAUCUUGAGCACUGGUGAAGUUGACCAGAGACCCUCGUUAGUUAGAACAUACAGCUAGGUAUAUAUUGAGCAGUAACACGAAGCACUUCACAUCCAAAAUUUUGAAUGAUGUGGUUUUCCACAAGACGCACAGCCAAUAGGAUAAAAUAAAGCUACAGGCUGACCUGUUAAAAUAUCAGUCAGUAUGUUCUUCCUAUAGUUAAAAAAACAAAAACAACCUUGUUCUGGUCCAAAACUUGAAAAUCCUUUAGACUUUAUAUUGUGGGGAAAGAAUGUGGGAAAGAAUUACUGGAAGUAACAGAAACCAAACGAACCGAAUCCGUUCAUACUAAACAUCUAAAAUAAAUUCAACAGCAUUCACAAUCCAUUUGUAAAUAUUACACUACUGCUUCAAAUGUCUUUCCUGCACGUGGUGUGUGGCAAAACACUCCUGAAGUGCUCACAAAAACAAAUCACCACCACAUGUAUUCUAAUGUGCUAUUGUAAAUAUUCAUUAAUGCUCACACUGCACCUUGAGUAGUAUAGUACUUUGACACACUUGGCAUAUAUUUUUGGACAGCAUGUAAUUGCCUCUGUUCUAUUAUUUAGAUAUUUUUUCGGUUUCCGUCCCCAUUUAUAUUUUUCAAAUCAUUUUAAUUUAUUUAGACAGCUGAGAUACAAUGUAGUUGUAUCAGAAUAUAUCGUUAUCUAUAAUGUGAGAGUAUGUCUUAGUUACAAGUCCAUGGAUUAAAUACAAAACAAACAUGCUAAUCUUACAGUCAAUGCAUUUAGGUCAGGUCUCAACACUGACAACCCUUGAUUUGUAUUCCCUUAAUGAAUGACUACAUAUAAAACUUUAUAAGCAUGUUGUACACAUCUUCAACAUCUUUUAUCUUUGUAAAAGAAAAAAAAACAAUGUUACGUUUACAUUUCGCUCACUG